AUGGCAGGAAAUUUGCCACCCCCUGGGUGGAUGCACAGCGUACCGAUGAUGACUUCUUCUUAUGCAUAUCCGCCUCCAAAUGCAGGCAUGCCGCCGCCACCAAUGCAAAUGCAACAGCCAGUUAUGUUUGCUAACGUCCCUCCACUCUCCGAAAAGGCUUUGGAAGAGAAAUCAAAAAAAUGGCAGCAUUUGCAGUCGAAGCGUUACGCCGAAAAGCGUAAGUUUGGUUUUGCUGAUACACAGAAGGAAGAGAUGCCGCCGGAACAUGUGCGGAAGAUCAUUAGAGACCACGGCGAUAUGACUUCCAGAAAAUACAGACACGACAAACGAGUGUACUUGGGGUAG